CACCGCCGCCGGGGCGUGCGCGCGUGCGCACUGCGCCUCUUCCCGCAGGGACUCCUGGGCUGCGGGUCGCGGCUGUGCGCCCUGCGGGAGCGGAGCGCUGCUGGAGGAUGUGGCGACCGUCACAACUUUGCCACUUCCACUCUGCUCUGCUGCAGAGCGGGCUGAAGCCCUGGCCGUCCCCUGCUGCCUUCUUCAGGAGAAACCUCUGGGUCUCGCCUGCAAGGUGGUCCUUGAGACCCCAGCCCCUGUGGAAGAAGGCGCUUUCUGCCACGGCGGUGGGGGUGCCCCUGCUCCUGGGAGUCCGCUACUUCAUGGCAGAGCCGCAGGAGAAGAGGCGGAUGCGGCUCGUGGUAGACGGUGUCGGGCGCUUCAGCAGGUCUCUGAGGAUCGGCCUACAGAUCUCCCUGGACUACUGGUGGUGCACAAACGUCAUCCUGCGAGGGGUGGAAGAGAACAGCCCGGGGUAUUUGGAGGUCAUGUCUGCGUGUCACCAGCGGGCAGCCGAUGCGCUGGUGGCCGGGGCCAUCAGCAACGGUGGCCUCUACGUGAAGCUGGGCCAGGGGCUGUGCUCCUUCAACCACUUGCUGCCCCCCGAGUACGUCAGGACGCUGCGCGUGCUGGAGGACAGAGCUCUCACACGUGGCUUCCAGGAGGUGGACCAGCUGUUCCUUGAAGACUUCCAGGCCCCACCCCACAAGCUGUUCCAGGAGUUCGACUACCAGCCGAUUGCCGCUGCGAGCCUGGCCCAGGUACACCGAGCCAAGCUGCAUGACGGCACUGCCGUGGCCGUGAAGGUGCAGUACAUUGACCUGCGGGACCGCUUUGACGGGGACAUCCACACCCUGGAGCUCCUGCUCCGGCUCAUCGAGUUCAUGCACCCCAGCUUCGGCUUCAGCUGGGUCCUGCAGGACCUGAAGGGGACGCUGGCCCAGGAGCUGGACUUCGAGAACGAGGGCCGAAAUGCUGAGCGCUGUGCACGGGAGCUGCAGCACUUCCGGCACAUCGUGGUGCCCCGUGUGCACUGGGACACGUCCAGCAAGCGCGUGCUUACUGCUGAAUUCUGUGAGGGCUGCAAGGUCAACGAUGUGGAGGCCAUCAAGACUAUGGGGCUCGCAGUGCAGGAUAUAGCAGAGAAGUUGAUCCAGGCUUUUGCUGAGCAGAUAUUUUACACGGGCUUUAUCCACUCUGACCCCCACCCUGGCAAUGUUCUGGUGCGGAAAGGCCCGGAUGGGAAGGCACAGCUGGUGCUGCUGGACCACGGGCUGUAUCAAUUCCUGGAUGAGAAGGACCGGUCAGCCCUGUGCCAGCUGUGGCGGGCCAUCAUUCUGAGGGAUGACGCCGCGAUGAAGGCGCACGCAGCCACACUUGGGGUGCAAGACUACUUCCUGUUCUCUGAGGUGCUCAUGCAGCGGCCUGUGCGCCUGGGGCAGCUGUGGCGGUCGCACCUACUGAGCCGUGAGGAGGCGGCCUACAUGCAGGACAUGGCGCGGGAGCACUUCGAGGACAUCAUGGGCGUGCUCAAGGCGCUGCCUCGGCCCAUGCUGCUCGUGCUGCGCAACAUCAACACUGUGCGCGCCAUCAACACCACCCUUGGCGCCCCCGUCGACCGCUACUUCCUCAUGGCCAAGAGUGCGGUCAGGGGCUGGAGCCGCUUGGUGGGAGGCACAGCAUACCAGAAGGUCUGUGGUGCCAGGCUCCUUCGCCAGGUCAAGGUCAUCUGGGAGACGUUCAAGUUUGAAGUGGCCCUGAGGCUGGAGACCCUGUCGAUGCGGCUCACCGCCCUCCUGGUUCGAGUCCUGGUCCACCUGGGCCUCAUGCCGAAGCCCGAGGGGCUCUAUGAGUUCCUGGAGACCUAGGGAGCCCAGGGCAGGAAGACCGCAAAGCCUGCCCAGGGCCAGCAGUGCGCCCAGCCUCAGGCCGAUGGAGCUGGCCAGGGCUGGAGGUGUGGACGCCAUAAAACCUGGGGCAUUGAA